UGCCUCUCGACUUCCUGCUCCGAGUGCUUCCUGCGGGGGGCCGAACCAUGCCUGGAUUGCGGAUGGUCCAGGAGCGAGGGGCCCGGGGCCUCCGGCUUUCUGGGGCCAGUCGGGCUCUGAGCUUCCCGGCCUCUCAGCUCUUUGUCAACUGUGAUUUCUUCCCUGCCGAGUUCUCCUUUGUGGUCACGCUCAAGGUCUCCAACGUUGGUGCCAAGGUGAGUGAGUAUCUGCUGUCGCUAGUGGAGCAAGCCUCGGACCGGCUGCUGCUGGGCCUGCGUCUCGCCCCUGAGAGGCUCCACCUGCUGGUGCUGAGCCCCACAGGUCAGCGCCGGAUCACUUUCCGGGAUGUACAGCUGGCAGAUGACCGGUGGCACACGCUAGCCCUGGCAGUCACAGGCCGCCACGCCACCCUCACCGUGGACUGUGGGACCACCCUGGAACAAGCCUACCGGAUGCCCUUCCCGAUCACCCUGAGCACCGAAGGAUCCAGGUUCCACGUUGGCAGCCGCAAGGCCUGGAGAGGGCUGUUCUCAGGUUUGAUGCGACAGCUGGUUCUGUUGCCCGGGUCAGAUGCCACGUCUCGGCUCUGCCCCUCAUCAAACCCCCACCUGGCCAUCCUGUCUGUGCCCCAGGUCCUUCUGGCCCUACCCGUCAAACCAACUGGAAACGAAGUCCUAAUGAAUCCAUACGAAGCAAAGGCACAUGUGACCAUGGGGAUGCGACCACCACCUUGCAGCAAGGAGGAGCAGAGAAAGCUCUGGUUUGACACCCUGGACAAGGGACUCUUCCUGUGUGACGGGUUGGCUUGGGUGCCCAUGUUGCAGAAGAAGGAGCGGCUGGACUACGUGGAGGACUACCAGGACCUCUACACCCGCUCUGAAACUUUUGACAUUGAGAUUUUCCACAUCCCGUCCGUGGGACUGUUUGCUGCCACAGCAAACCGGGAGUCCAGGCCGGGGUCAGGGAUAUAUAAGUGGACAGACGGGAAAUUCAGACUUUACCAGAACAUCAGCACAUCUGAGGCACUGGCCUGGAAGUUCUUCACUGUGGGCAACAAGAGGUUCCUGGUGGUGGCAAACUCAAGAGAGGACUCUGAAGGUGGUCAAGAGCUGUCCACCAUUUACAAGUGGAGUCAGCAGAGGCAGAAGUUCCUGCGCUACCAGAUACUGGAGACCUACAGCGCUCGUGACUGGGAAGCUUUCCACAUAGGGGAUGAGGCCUUCCUUGCCGUGGCAAAUCAUAGGCAAAAUGACAACAACCAUAAUAUCAAGAGUGUGAUCUACAAGUGGAACCCAGGCAACAGGGUAUUUGAGAUCAACCAGACCAUCCAGACCUCAGGAGCCUACGACUGGGAGUUCUUCACAGUGGGGCCUUACAACUUCCUGGUGGUGGCCAACACCUUCAAUGGCCUAUCAACACACAUAAACUCCAACAUUUACAUUUGGAUGGAUGGCAUGUUUCAGCCUUUCCAGGCUAUUGCGACCCAAGGAGCAACAGACUGGGAGAUGUUCCAGAUAGGCAACAGGACUUUCUUGGCAGUGGCAAACAGCCAGAUGCUGUAUCAGAAAGGUCCCAGCCUUUAUGCUCUCAACUCCACCAUCUACGAGCUCAGUAUGACCACAAAAACGUUCCUCAAGUUUCAGGACAUUGGUACCUACAGCGCUGUAGACUGGGAGUUCUUUUCAGUGGGAGAUGAAAAAUUCUUGGUGGUGGCCAAUUCAUAUGAUGGGAAAUCCUACUCUUUGAACAGCAUUAUCUACAGAUGGCAGGGAUAUGAGGGCUUUGUUCCCAUCCACCAACUUCCAACCACUGGCUGUAAAGACUGGGAGUUCUUUAAGACCACAGAGGGCUCCUACCUGAUCUACUCCAGUGCCACAGAGCCGCUCUCCAAAGUUUUCAGGCUGAAGACAUAUUGA